GAUAUAACACCGUCGAUGCUCAGAUCGCGAAAGACUGCUCGGGGACGUGGUAACGAAGAACUUGUUUUGGCACCUGGUGCAGAAAUUAGCAAAAAUUUGGGAAGAUUUGCCGAGCGUCGUACCGAUAUCUUAGGUGAUGGUGUCGCUGGAGCAGAACAAACGGUAUUUGGAAAAUUGGGAGAGGAAGCUCCGCAGCCUACAAACAACUUAUUUGGGAUGGAUCUGAAGAGACUCGUGCCACAUACUUUUGCCGUACAAAGCCAAGUCACGAUCGAUGAGCUGGAGCCGGAGGCUGAAUGGUUGAAGAAGGUGAACGGUGCGAUUGACUUGCGCAUACAACUACCUGUAAGUGCAGAGUUCAACAUGGAUGGAUCGAUCAUCGGAUUACAAAUCGAUGUUUCCUCGCAGGUAUCGGACCUCAAGCAGCAACUUCAGGAUAAGCUCAGCAUGCCAAUAGGAAAGCAGAAGCUUAUCUUUGAUAGUUUCUUCCCGAAAGACAACUCUCUUUGGCCUUCUACAACAUGAAGAAUCAAUCGUUUGUUAUUUUGCAGAUCAAGGAAAGAGGAGGCUAAAACAAAUGGUAAAUUGUAGAUCAUGUGUUGUAUGGCCAUGUAUUUGUUUCGCGUACCGAAUUUUUUUUUGUUUGGAUAGUACCUUGUAGAAAGUGUGUAUUCAACUUCUACGUAUAUAGAUGUGAAUUGAUCUGAGACAUCAAUAUGACUUACUGAAAAAUAGAGAAUUUUCAAUAGA